AUGGCUGCCGCAAAUUCGGAGGAUCAGAUGGUUCACAGCCACUCGCUUGAUGAUGAGACGGACACAGCGAUGGAGCCGCCGCUAGAUGAGUUUGACAUGUGGGACCACUACCAGGCUUCCACUGUAAGCGACUGUGCGAAGAAACGAGAAGCUGUGUCGCAGCUCCAGAAGUCCUUCCUCGACCAGUUGCACUCGGAAAUGGACGUCAACGCCGCUGCCGCAAAGGCGCUUCUCCACUUGAAAGCAAAGGCUUCGCUUGAGGAGUCAUUGAGGAGCAUGGAGACUUCAGAGGGUGUAGACGUUUCGCCCGCAUGUUCCUGGUUGGACUCGCCAGAGUCAUCCCCGAUGGCCGAAGUGCGCGAGCAGCACGUCAAGAUUUGUGACGAAGAUGAAAGGACCAUGGAGCGAGACAUGGAUGAGUUUGAUCUCAUGGCCCAACGCAGCGCUGCUUUCGAUUCCCUUCCGGAAGACCGCAAGAGAGCAAUCUCCGCGCUGCAGUCCGCUUUCCUCGCCACUCCACACGCAUAUGAAGCAUCGAGUCUCAUGUGGAUAGUUGGAUUCUGCCAGGUGGGCUUAGGUUUUUCCAGAAAGCUUUAG